CGCCCCGGUGCGCAUGCGCCGCGAGACAGCCCGCGCGGCCCCGCACAGCCCUGCGGGAGGAGCGACCGUCCUCCCUCCUGGUACCCGGUGGGAGGUGAAACAGGUCGGAGAAAGCCCUCGCGUGGACACUUACCUGAACUCGAUUAAUGGAUGCCUGGAAGUUGACGUACACAGAUGUUCAGAAAUGUUUUGCCACCUGAGACCUGUAAGGAGGUUAUGUCUGGAGAAGGCAUUUCCACACUGGUUUCUCUACUCAAGAGCUUUUUCAGGAGCCGAAGCAGUUAAUGCCUUGAGGCCAUUCUAUUUCGCAGUGCACCCAGACUUCUUUGGACAGCACCCCAGAGAAAGGGAAGUCAAUGAAAAUUCGCUUCAGAGAUUAAGUGUCUACUUAGAAAAUCUCCAGAAACCAGGCUUCAAGUCUUUGAAACCCACUCAGCUUACGUUUUAUGUUAGAGAAACAGACCAGAACUCCUCCGAUGGCCAGGAACCCUUUAGCGCUUCCGGAUUUCGAGCAGUCAAAUUUACUUUGCACACCAGAGAUCUGCUAAGCACAGUAUUAUAUAUUCUCAACUCCUGCAGUUUAUCAGUUGAACAUAUCCAAAGCUCGAAUAGCAAUGUGCAUUCUCAGCCUCUCAAAGCGGCGAAAAGGAUGUCUGACAGGCCCAUCAAAUGGGACAAGUCUUAUUACUCCUUUACUGGAUUUAAAGAUCCGGACGAAGAUCUCGAACAAGUCUUGAGAAUGGAAACAACCCUGACAUCCUGGUUAGAUAACAAUGGGAAAAGUGCUGUUAAAAAGCUGGAGAAUAGUCUGCCACUUAGAAAAGAACUAGAUCGUUUAAAAGAUGAACUGUCUCAUCAAUUGCAGCUCUCAGAUAUCAGGUGGCAGAGGAGCUGGGGCAUCGCCCAUCGCUGUAGCCAGCUGCAUAGUUUAGGCCGCUUAGCACAGCAGAACGUGGAAACGCUUAAAAAUGCAAAAGGAUGUACAAUAAUAUUUACAGACCGCUCUGGAAUGAGUGCGGUGGGCCAUGUGAUGCUGGGAACAAUGGAUGUCCAUCAUCACUGGACAAGGCUUUUUGAAAGGUUACCAAGUUAUUUUGACCUUCAGAGGAGGCUGGUGCUUUUAGAAGACCAAAUAAGCUAUCUUCUAGGUGGCAUACAAGUUGUUUAUAUUGAAGAAUUACAGCCAGAAUUGACACUUGAAGAAUAUUACGCUCUUCUUAAUGUAUUCUAUAAAAGACUGUUGAAAAACAGAAUUCCUUUCCAUCCUCGAAGUCUGCGUGGUUUACAAAUGAUCCUUAACAGUGACAGAUAUGCGCCCAGCUUGCAUGAACUCGGGCAUUUUAACAUCCCAGCCCUCUGCGAUCCAGCAAACCUCCAGUGGUUCAUCCUCACCAAAGCCCCACAGGCCAGAGAGAACUUGAAGAGAAAAGACGACACGUGAAAAAGUUUGUCAUCCCCAGCUGUCCACGGUACCCGAGAAGUCUCGCUGUGGGAUCCUAAAGAGAGCGGACAUUCCAAGACCCCUGUCAGGCCUCUCUGCUGUCCACCUUCUCUGCUGUCUAAGCAGCGUUGUCUAGAAGGAGUCAUCAUCCUACGGAAGAGUGAACAGCACUUGAGGAAGUGUUUCAGGUGUCGGUGAGGACAGGGCUUCGGUGAGGACAGCCCACUGCUGCUGACUGCAGACUGACUGCAGUGGCCAUGUCCGUGUCCAAGUAUUGUCCUGGCUUAUGGGUAUUUUAUGAUACUUUUCCCUUUUAUGCAGAGUUUUAAGAUCGGGUAAAAGAGGAUAUUUGGGUACUUUUAACCAGCACAGUACUUAAAUGAGACUAGUUCGGGAGCCCUUGACCAUGACGAUUUUGCUUUUCUUACCUUCUCACCUGGGCUUCCCAAGUGACGUACACCUGGGAGGCCUGCAAGGCGGAGCCCUCUCACAUAUCCGGUUUGGGACUGAAUCCGCUUCCUAAAUACCACAUCCUGAACAUUUGCCACCUGCGAGAGAAAGGAUGGAAGACGCUGCGUUCUUUGUGCCUUGAGAUGUUUACUUUGCACCUUCACCUCAAGCCCUGGAUGGACCAGAGACAGUGCAGCCUCAGGCAGAGGGGCGGG